UCCUGCAACAAUGGGUGACGAUCUGAUGGAAAAAGUCAGUUCUUUUGGUGAGCGUCUCAAGAUUAGCGGUGUUGAAAUGGGCAGAAAAGUGACUGCUGGAAUGAGCUCCAUGAGCUUUAAGAUGAAGGAAUUCUUUCAAGGCCCAAGCCAAGCUGACAAAAUUGUUGAGGAGGCUACCUCAGAGAAUUUGGAGGGACCUGACUGGGAUGCGAACCUCGAAAUCUGUGACAUGAUCAACAGUGAGAAGGUCAAUAGCGUUGAGUUUAUUUGUGGUAUCAAGAAAAGAAUUAUGGUGAAGAAUCCAAGGGUCCAGUAUCUUGCAUUGGUGCUCCUUGAGACAUGCGUGAAGAACUGUGAGAAAGCUUUCUCUGAAGUCGCAGCAGAAAAGGUGCUUGAUGAGAUGGUAAAACUGAUAGAUGAUCCUCAAACAGUAGCCAACAAUCGGAACAAGGCCCUUGUUCUGAUUGAAGCAUGGGGAGAGUCCGGAGAUGAACUUAGAUAUUUGCCAGUUUAUGAAGAAACCUAUAAGAGCUUAAGAUCUAGAGGUAUAAGGUUUCCUGAAUGUGAUGCUGAGAGCUUGGUUCCAAUCUUUACCCCUCCAAGUUCAGAUCCAGAGACAGAAGCACUGCCAAUACCAAAUUAUCCUGAUUCUCCUGUGCUAAGUUUUACCGCUGAACAAACAAAGGAAGCUUUUGAUGUAGCUCGCAACAGCACAGAACUUCUUUCAACAGUUUUAACCUCUUCUCCUCAGCAAGAAGCUUUAAAGGAUGAGCUGACAAUUACGUUGGUGCACCAAUGCCAACAAUCUCAGUAUACCAUACAAAGAAUCAUAGAUUCAGUUGGUGACAAUGAAAUCAUACUUUGUGAAGCUUUGAAUGUAAAUGAUGAGCUACAGAGGGUUCUUACCAAGUAUGAAGACUUAAAGAAGCCUUCGGUUAUUCAUUCAGAACCAGAACCUGCAAUGAUUCCAGUUGCUGUGGAACCAGAGGAAUCUCCACGAGUCAGUAGAGAAGAGAAUCUCAUCAGAAAACCUGCCGAGUUUCGAGCAAGGUCAGGUGAAGACGAUGACCUGCUACAUGACCUUGAUGAAAUGAUUUUUGGAGUGAAAGGGGGCAGCUCAUCAGAGGACCAAGAGAUGAGAAAGAAGAAGCAUCAGUAUAAGAAGGAUGAUCUGAUCAACUUCUAAUCAGAUAAGAGGAAUGAAUAUUUAUAUAUUUGAAUGUGGAUUUCUAAGCAGAUUUGUGGAAAGUUUCUGUGAUUAUAGGAGGAAUAUAGUGGCGUUGGUUGAUACUUAAUAGUAUAUGUUUAUGUUAUUAUUAUUUUCAUUGUUUUUUUGGCUUAAAGAUUGAUAGGAACUGUAGUUUUUUUUAAAUAUUUUGUGAGAUAUAUAUUCUUGUUGGUAAA